CCCUGCGCGAAUGGAUAUGUGUGGAGUCAAUGACGUUGGCAAAUUACAGAUCUCCGACUUUCGUAGAUUGGAAAAUUGCCCAAUGCUCAUUUCUCUUUUUCCUAUUUUCCCUCUCUCCAUAGCUCAUUGUCUAUAAAACCUCACUCAACUUCACUGCACUGUCCAAUCCAUGCUCUGCAUCUCGCCUCACAUGAACCUCUGUCUAUAGAGACGGCACCUCAGAUCCCUUCACUUCUUUAUUUUCCUUCCAUAGGAAAAUGAAGAAUCUCUCUUCAGCACUUCCCACUUGCUUCUCUCUGCUUAUACUACCACUGUUGUUCUUCUUUUUGUCCUUCACAUUGUGUUUUGGAGGAAAUGUCACUUAUGAUUCUCGCUCUCUCAUCAUCGAUGGCCAGCGAAAGCUUCUCAUCUCUGCUGCCAUUCAUUAUCCUCGUAGCGUCCCUGGGGUUAAUGUGGUACAAACAGCAAAAGAAGGAGGGGUGGAUGUGAUCGAAACAUAUGUGUUCUGGAACGGUCAUGAACCUUCCGUCUCCAAUUACUAUUUCGAGAAAAGGUUCGAUCUGGUCAAGUUUGCGAAGAUUGUUCAGCAGGCCGGGUUGUAUUUAAUUCUUCGCAUUGGCCCAUUUGUUGCUGCAGAAUGGAAUUUUGGGGGAGUACCUGUUUGGUUGCAUUAUGUUCCUGACACCGUCUUUCGAACUGAUAAUUAUAACUUCAAGUAUCACAUGCAGAAAUUCAUGACUUACAUAGUGAACCUAAUGAAGCAAGAGAAGCUUUUUGCGUGGCAGGGAGGUCCCAUCAUCUUGACUCAGGUUGAAAAUGAAUAUGGAUUCUAUGAAAGCUUUUAUGGAGAAGGAGGGAAGCGGUAUGCCAUGUGGGCAGCUGAAAUGGCUGUUUCUCUAAAUGCUGGUGUGCCUUGGACAAUGUGCCAGCAGUUUGAUGCUCCAGAUAUUGUGAUAAAUACUUGUAAUUCCUUCUACUGCGAUCAAUUUAAACCUAUUUUUCCAGACAAGCCUAAAAUUUGGACUGAGAAUUGGCCUGGAUGGUUUCAGACAUUUGGGGCCCCUAAUCCUCACAGGCCACCUGAAGAUAUUGCUUUUUCUGUUGCUCGUUUCUUCCAGAAAGGUGGCAGUGUACAAAAUUAUUACAUGUAUCAUGGUGGAACAAAUUUCGGUCGCACUUCAGGCGGACCAUUCAUUACAACAAGUUAUGACUACGAGGCACCAAUAGAUGAAUAUGGGUUACCUAGGCUUCCAAAAUGGGCACACCUUAGGGAACUCCAUAGGGCUAUUAAAUUAUGUGAGCAUACGAUGCUGAACAGUAACCCAGUUAAUCUGUCACUUGGUCCUUCCCAAGAGGCUGAUGUCUUUGCUGAUGCAUCAGGAGCAGGCGUUGCCUUCCUUGCUAACACAGAUGAAAAGAAUGAGAAGAUUGUUGAAUUUCGGAAUAUGUCAUAUCACCUGCCUGCUUGGUCAGUUAGCAUUCUGCCUGAUUGCAAGAAUGUAGUAUUCAAUACUGCAAAGGUGAGUUCCCAGACAUCUGUAGUUGAAAUGGUACCUGAGGAUAUGAGGCCAUCAGAUAAAGUCUUGAAAGCUCUUAAGUGGGAAUCAUUUGUGGAGAAUGCUGGGAUUUGGGGAAAUCCAGACUUUGUUAAGAAGGGUUUUGUGGAUCACAUCAAUACCACACAAGAUACCACUGACUACCUCUGGUAUACAACAAGUAUUAAUGUCAGCGAACGUGAAGAGUUCUUGAAGAAGGGAAGCCGGCCAAUUCUUCUGAUUGAGUCAAAGGGUCAUGCUCUUCAUGCUUUUGUGAAUCAGAAACUUCAAGAUUUUGUUGGAAGUUGGCGUUUAGUAGCAGCACAGCCCAUAAAGGAGGAAAGAAAAAGAAAAUUGAAACAUUAAUCCAUAGAUAUUUCUCAUUUUCCGGCAUUGCAAGCUUUGCUUGCCUGAUGUUUUAAGCUUGUAAUACUUGUACGGAAGGUUUUUCUUCCUUGAAUUGGUCUAUCAUGAACUAAGAAUUUUAUAGGUUGAAUCUACAUGUCUUCUUAUUUGUACAUUUUUCUUUUGGUUUAUAGUAAACUAUCUUUCUGUGA